CAGAAUUUAGGAUAUAUUGAGCUGUAUCACCUAUCCGUGGAUGAAGAGUUCACAGUUGAAUUUGGCUAUAGAGGAACAGAAAAAGAAAAUUACUGAAAAAGUAAUUCUUUCAAUAACAGCAAAGGAACACCACAAGGCACAAGAAGAAGUUAGCAGGCUGAUUGAUGAAUUGCAGACAGCUAUCAAAAGCAACAGAGGUCAUCUCUCUAAACUUGGCCCCCAAUUACAGGCUGAGCAGGAGCAAUUCUCCUCUUAUGUCUACCAACACAUUAAAAGCCUUCCAGCAAACACUCUUAUCCCAGGAGGCCUGCAGCUCAAGAUAUUUGAAAAUGGUAAAGACACUGGAGAGAUCUCUAUUUGUAUCAGCAAAAAAGACCUGGAGUCCAAUAGCCCAACUCAGACUGGUGAUAUGAUGGAAAACUUACUUCUCAAGAUUCAUCAGAGGCUUCAAGGAUCUCCCAUCAGCCCACCAGGCCUCAAUUUUUCUUCAAUCCGGCUUUUUGAUGAGCACGGCCAAGAAAUUAAGAAUCCACUUUUGCUGAAGAAUGAACAAAAAAUUUGGGUCUCUUACGGUAAAGCAUACAGAUCUCCACUAAACCCUGUUUUGGGUCUGACCUUUGAUCAGGUGACUGCAUUUGACAGAGAGGGCAUUACAGUUGCAUAUAAAACCUUCUUGGAUCCUAAUGCUGUUCUGCUACCUGGAUGUGACAAUUGGGAAGUUUGUGAGGGAUUCCCAGUUAAUUUCAACGAUAUCAGUCAAAAGAUACCUGAUCAAUUUGAAAAGGUGGACUUGGAGAACCAUUUCCUACAGAGCAAGGUGGAUCCCAAUAUUGUCCUUCAUGCCUCUGUUUCCAUCAGAAAGCGAAGCUCCUCAAACAGGGAAGUGAGCAGUGGAAGUCAGAUAGCCCCAUCAACCCUGUGGCCUGCAGCCAGUGUGUGGCUGAUCACAAAGACUGGAAUGAUCCUGAGCCGGGCGAUAACGCAGGGCUGCCUGGCUAUUGGUCACCCAAUCAGAGUCAAGACUGCCGAGGGAACAUCACUAGAAGGAUAUAAAUUAAUUCUACGGAAAAGACAUAAAGGAGAUAAUUCUCAGAAGUGGGUGUUUGGAACUGACAGCUGCAUUUAUUCUAAGGCUUAUCCCCAGUUUGUUCUGACCUACCUGGAGGAACUAAAUGUACAAGUGGAUGUGACCCAGACAGAGUAUCACAUUCACCAUGUUGCCGGGGCUACAGCUCAUCAUGGUAGCAGCUUAGCAGAAGAGGUUCUGGAAAAAAGUGCCAGCAUCCCUGGUCUGAAGCAACUGCCAGAGUCUUCAGACAGCCAUGUAAUGCCAGAAGGUUCUCUUGGGGAGACAAGGCAGCUGACAGUGGCACUGGUGAGGAAACUGGAAGAGAAACAUCCUAAGGCUUCUGCUCAGAGGUAG